UUAAAGAAGAAACAUGGGCCGAAGCCCAUUUUGUCUUAAAAGAUAACCGAAGAUUCCUAAAGUUCUUAUGUUUUUCAUUGAUUGUUCUCUUCGCCGCCACCGUAAUUUGUAACUCGGAGUUCUGAUCUGAGUUCACUGAGUCAGUUUCACUAGUUCACUCCCUACGAAGUUGAAGUUGCUUCUCAAGCUUCGGAGCUAUGAGCAAGAAGAAAAACCCUCAUGUUUUUCUUGAUGUUUCAAUUGAUGGAGAUUCUGUGGAAAGAAUUGUUAUUGAGCUUUUUGCUAAUGUGGUCCCCAAGACAGCAGAAAAUUUCCGAGCACUCUGCACUGGUGAGAAGGGCAUCGGGAAGUCUACUGACAAACCCCUUCAUUACAAGGGUUCACAUUUUCAUCGAAUAAUCAAAGGAUUCAUGGCCCAAGGUGGUGGGGAUUUUUCCAAGGGAAAUGGUACUGGUGGAGAAAGUAUUUAUGGAGGAAAGUUUGCAGAUGAGAAUUUUAAGCUUACACAUGAUGGACCUGGUUUUCUCUCUAUGGCAAAUAGCGGUCCAAACACAAACGGGUCACAGUUCUUCAUACUCUUCAGGCGGCAGCCUCAUCUUGAUGGGAAACACGUUGUCUUUGGAAAAGUUGUGAAGGGAAUGGAUGUACUUGAGAGAAUUGAGCAGUUGGGAUCCGCUGAUGGUAAACCUUCCGGACCUGUAAAGAUUGCAGAUUGUGGCGAAACUUCUGCAAGUAAAAUUACUGAUGUAGUUGAGAAAGAGAAAGGUAAUAAAAAAAAAUCAGGGAAAGUACCAACCUCUGAUGAUAGUGCUGAUAAGGGUGGAGGAAGACAAAAGAAGUCAUUGAAGGACAAACGAAAGAAAAGAAGAAGAAAAAGAUACUCAUCAUCAGAUUCAUACAGCUCUGAUUCUGAAUCUGAGUCUUCUUAUUCUGAUUCUGAAUCGGAUUCAGAUUCAGAUUCAGAUUCAUCAUUAUCUGACUCAAGCUCUAGUGAUGGAAAGCAUAGGAAGAAGAAAUCUGCCAGAAAAGAUAAAUUCCAGCAGGGGAGGAAAAGGAAAGUAAGAGAAAAGGAGAGGAAGAGAGGUCGGAAGGACAAACGAUCAAGGCGCAUAUCCAAACGUAGAUCAGAUAGUUCCAGUGGCACAGAUAGUGAAAGUAUCAGUGGUGGAAGUAGCCGUGACAAUCGUAAAAAUGGCCGUCUCUCAUUGGAGAAAAAGGAUGUGGAAAUUUCUCGAGGAGCUAGAGACACUGAUGUAGAACGGCAUAGGAGUUCUGAGAUGAAGACUAAUAAGGGGACUUCAUCCCAAGAGGAGGGUGAAUUAUCUCCGAAACUUGUAAACAAUGCGGAGGCUAAAAUUGAUACUCGACAUUCUGACUCAAAUCAGUCAAGAAGUCCAUCUCCCAAAAAGAAGGUUAAGAGGGAGCCCUGUGAGAAGUCCUAGCUCGAGUCCUAAAAGAAACCCUCGUGAUAGCCCUGUUAGAAAUUUUGGUAGGGAGAAUAGAAUAUCUUCAAGGAGUCCCAUUCGCAAAGCCCCUGAACAUAAUGCUCCAAAUCUUGUCCAGGGCUUAACAAGAAGCCCGUCUCCUAAUG